AUGGCGUCUGAGUCCUCCUCCAACAAUGCCGAAAUUACUUCCAUUUUCAGCUCAAGCUCCGGCGAGCACCGAUGGGUCAUUCAAAUGGCGAAGAACUUCGAGAUAAUUGACAUUGACAUAACACCUUGCAUCUCUCGAGUACCCGAAACUUUACGAGCCGAGAAGUCGGAAGCUUAUGCCCCGAAGCGAAUAGGCCUCGGACCAUAUCACCAUUUUCUGCCCGACCUCUAUGAUCUUAUGGAAAGGAAGAAGCUAACUAUAAUAAAAAGUGCUGUAAAACAGGACAAGAAUGGCAAAUUCCCACAAACCAUGAUCAAUAAACUGAAGGAGCUUGAGCCCAAACUCCGGCCAUGCUAUGACAAGCUCUUGGAUCUUGAUGGCGAAACAUUAGCAUGGAUAUGGGCAAUUGAUGGUUUGUACUUGCAUCAAAACUUAGGUAAGAAUUUUUUGGAACAGGACAUAUUUAUGUUGGAGAACCAAAUUCCUUUUCUUCUGUUAGAAGAAAUCGAGGAUCAUAUCAGCCAAUACAAAUUGUCAGACAAAGUAGUACGUGAUUUCUGUGAGGUACACUCACCGUUAAAAUGGACACAAAAGCAGGGGCAUCGUCACGAUAAACAACACGAACCUGCUCAUCUGCUGGAUUGUAUGUACCAUUUAGUUGUAACCGACGGGCACAUCAGGCUGAAAGUGGGAAGCAAGGCUCGAAUGACAGGAGGAGGGCUUGAAAGCACUGCAACUUCUAUUUUAGAAGAACUUCAGAAACUUGCCGAUCUCAUAAAACAACUGCAUUUGGAUAAGAUUUGUGCUCCAUUGUUCAAAAAACCUAAUACAGCACUCGAGAUCGAAAUUCCUUUUGUGUCAAGCCUUCAAAAAAUUGGAGUGAAAUUCGCCAUCGCGGAAGGGGUGCCAGCUGGGUCUACCGACUCUACCAGUAACCGUAAGCUUGCAGAAUACAUCGAAGGCAAUCUUUCUCAUGAUCAAAUUGCAGAUAUUUUCAACAGGAUAACAAAAUCCACUGAUAAACAAUCUGAACUUGUUGGAAAAGUUAACAGGCAUUACGAUAGUAUGCUAAUAGUGAAGGUCUGGAGAUUCGUCAAGAAAUGUUUGGAUUCGUCCUGGAAUUUUGUCCAAGCGUCAUGGAAGGUCUUGUGCUUCUUUUAUUCCCUCAUUCUAAUCGCAGUGCUGAUCUUGCAAGCCUUCUGCGACAUCUAUGGCUGCCGUAAGGGACAGAGCCAAAAUUUUAUCUUCAGAGAGCCGAGUAGUGGUGUAGUGGAAAAAUUUUAUUCAACAGAAGGAUUCGAUGACCACAAAGUGCAAAAUUAA